AUGCUAAACAACUCAUAUCCUUUGGUUAAAAAUUCUUUUUUGGGGACAAGACCUGUUUAUCUUGGAACACAGAAGCCCCAGGCAAAACCAGUCACUGUCUUUAUGCAUUACUUGGAGGAGAAUUUUUCCCUCACGGAAGAAAAGGCCAAUUCUGUAUUAAAACCCUACCAAAGAGCUAACAUGCUUUUUGAAGAAAUCAGACAGGGCAGUAUUGAAUGUGAGUGCAAAGAAGAAGUCUGCACUUUUGAAGAAGCCAGAGAAGCUUUUGAAAAUAAUGAAAAAACUAAGGAGUUUUGGAACACCUACACAAAAGCACACCAAGGAGGGACUAACAGAGGAAGUAACUGGUUUCAGUUUUACCUUACCUUUCCAUUAAUCUUUGGCCUCUUCAUUAUCCUCCUUGUCAUUUUCCUAAUCUGGAGAUGCUUCCUAAGAAACAAAACUCGUAGACAGACAGUGACUGAAGGCCACAUUCCUUUCCCUCAGCACCUUAAUAUUAUCACUCCUCCUCCACCACAAGAUGAAGUGUUCGGUAGCAGUGGACUGUCUCCAGGCUUUCUGGAAUAUGUAGUUGGGCACUCAGAUUCUGUCUCCACUUGCCUGUCCAACUGUGAUCCACCACCGACCUAUGAGGAAGCCACCGGCCAGGUGAACCUGCAGAGGAGUGAAACAGAACCCCAUUUAGAUCCACCCUUGGACUAUGAAGACAUAGCUCCAAUGGCAGCCAGUGCCAUUGUUAUGGUGCCUGUGGUCACUACCAUCAAAUGA